CUCCGUUCCUGCAAAUUCGAACACGUGCCGAAUACGCCACCACUUACCGUAAUAAUAUGAUAUUACGUAGUGGACGAUAUAGAGAAGGAGAAAAACAGUCGAUAUAUUAUUUUUAAGAAUCUACCUCAGCGUUUUAUUUGUUAUUUAUCUUUUGUGCACGAUUUGUCAUUAGACGUUCCAGCGUCUAAACGAAAUUGAUUUUUUUAAGUUAAAAAAGAAAAGCACCGUUCAUAGUCUCGAUUUGAAAUUUCACCUGCGUACAUAUUUUCAAAACGGACGGUGUUGAAUCCAAAUUGCUUGUAAAAAAGUAAGUAUAUAAUAUUACAUAAAACGUAAAUACAAUAUAACAUGGCCGAUAUAUGUAUUAUACUAUAAAUUGUUUUUAACGAAUUGUGAGGAAAAAUAACUCGAAUAUAUUUCGCGAGGGGGGAUAAAUAAGGAAAACGUUUUUAGUAAAAUAAAAAUUUCGAAAAUAAGAUGCGAAUUAAGAAAGUCGAACACUGCACCCGUGUAUAGUAAUAAAAAUAUCUAAAACGGUACAUUAAAAAAAUAAUAGUAAUAAUCGCAUUUUAAAUCGCAAAUUAAAAAUGUUUCAGAGUUCGGACAAUAUUAUUGUAAUAUUCUGUACAGUAAUUGGUCAUCAAUGACGCCGAACUCUAUGUUAAGAACUCUUUUUUUAAAAAUUAAGCAUGUAGCCACUUCAUUUUAGGGCAUAGUUCGGUUGCCAAACCGAAUGAAUACUUCAUCACGACACGAAAAAAAAAGCGUUUCUCGGUACUCUUGGAAAUAAAAAUAACACUAUAACUAAUCAAACAUUCGGCGUCUAAUUUUAGGAAAUUCAUUUUUUGUUCCCCCCCCGGGAUUCGAUCGCUCGGCCCGACAAAACUAUCGCGAAAUUUCGGCCGCCGGAAUCGAAUUUUUCCUCGCGGACACGUUUCUGUAAGUUUUGAAUCCUCGAUAAACCGUGUCAAUUUACAUAUAAAUAUAUUAUAGUAAUAUUAUAUAAGUGUUUUUUUUUUCAUACGUAUAACAGUCGCGCACUCGGCUACACAAUACUGUAUAGUAUACUGUAUAAUACACUGUAUCGCAUAUUUUUUUUAAAAGAAUUCAUCAUUUCAGAAUGUUGCGCGUGAACGAAAUAUCGCAUUAUUAUAUCCGCGUCUAUGUAUUUUAUUUUUUAUUUAUUUUUCAUUUACACACACCGCGUGUUCACAAUAUAUAUUAUAUAUAAUAAUAUACAGCCGGUCACAGUGCGUGAAAUAGUCAAAACUUACAACAUGUGUUCGUAGUACGUUGUUUACGAUAAUAUACAUAAUAUCUGCUCCCACACACCGUAUAAUCACGAAAUUACACCCAACGCUCGUUGUUUGGGACAAUUUUUUACUCGUUUUACAAUUAUUAUACGACGUUUAUAUUGUAUUAUUAUAUUCGUUGUUCUGGCGUUUAAAACAUUAUAAUACAUAUUAAACUAUGCGGAUGCACACGACCGCGACAGUGACGAAAACAGUGAUGACGUGUAAUUAUAGGGACUUGUUCUGGUAUAGGGUUUUUAAAAUCGCGUUACUACGCCUCCAACAGUGGCGCACACAUAGGGAGGUUAGUGGUUCAGAACCCCCUCCUCCCCGAAGCGUCUAACUUCGCUAAAUUUGUUCAAAUCAAUUUUCACAUUCAGCAGCAUUACGCAUUUUAUAUACACCACAGAAUAAAAUAAUACAAAUUAAAUUCACCAAAAAUCGAUUGAUUGUUGAACAUUCGAUGACCGAAUUUACAUAAUCGGGAUUCACAUAAUCCCCUCCCGCCUCACCUACCGAAAAAAAUCCUACGUGCGCUACUACAGAUCCCCGACACCAGGAGGGAAAGUAGAAACAAUAUUAUUUAAAAAUAAAAAAAAAAGCUCUGUGGGGGGAACUAUCUCCCAUAUCCCCCAAUUGACCCUUAUAAUUAAACUGCUGGUCGAAACAUAUUUUGGUUAUCGGAGGUGUCUACGUCGUAGACAUAUUUCGAAAUACCUGACACUUUUCGCAAUAAUAGAAUGGAAUAUUGAAUAUAUAAUGAAUAGUAAUAUAGAAUAAUGGAAAUUGGCGUUAAAAUUAUUUCUUAAUGUGGGGAUAAGGUUAUAAGAACCAUAGGGGUAUACAGACUUAAAUUUCGAGGCGUGUCUGUUUGAUUUUUAUGCGCAGAAUAUAACUGUUAUAAAAUAUAAUAAAGUUGAAAUAGAUAUAUAUAUUAUUUAUAAAUGAUAACAGGCAUUAUAGUUAUCUACUCACAUCUGUAUAUUUAACAUUAGUAUAAAUUUACUAAACCUAAGGGUACCCUAAUAUCAGGAGUAUCAGUGGAUUUUCCACUAUGUCCAUCGUCAUUAACGGUUGCACCUAAAUCAAAGUAAAUAAUUUAUAGUAAUUUCUCAAUUAAAAGCUCAACCUAAAAGUGAUAACACAUGUCUGAUAGAUAGAAGUAAGGAUAUGGGAUUAGUAACCAACGAAAACAAAACAAAGUACAUGGUUAUUAUGCAGUGUCCACAAUCAGAUAGAUUUAACAAUAGAACAAAUUAAAUUUAAAACGGUAUAGAAAUAUUUAAGUAGGAAUAAAUACAACCAAUGGUGAACAUGAUGAAGUAUACAAAGAAGAAUAAGUGCAUCAAAUAGAUGUUUUGAAAUGCUAAUGCCUAAAACCACUGUUCGUUUGUAAAAUCCUGUCAAAAAAGUGAAAACCAACAUGUAUAAUAUUAUGAAGUGAUUAUUAGGCAAUCGCAUUAUUUGCCUAUAGCCUUUAACGAAAACUGAUGACAAAAAAAAAACCCCAGCAAUAGUUGAAACGAAAAUAUCAAAACAAUCAUUUGGCCCUAAGAAGAUUAAGGAAACCAACGAAUAUGAACGCAUAACCAAUGAUGAUUUCAGAUUUGAAUAGAUUACGAUCAAUAGAUACAAUCAACCAGGUAUAAUAGCAAUAAUGAAAAACAAAAGAAUUGGAUGGACAGGACAUAUUAUCUGGUACUCAGAAGGGAAAAUUAUAAAUAAAAUAACCCAGUGGGUACCCACCGAAUAGGAAGAGACCCUUGAGACAACUGAGACAACGAUGGCAUGACCGUGUACAUCAGAAACUGAGUUUGAUAGGAAAUACAAAAGAUAUGGUAAAAGGCAGACAGAGAACGAUGGGAAGAAGUGGCAGUUCAAGCAAGAAGCAAAAUUGGCCUAUAUUGGCCCUAGAAAAAAAAAAAAUUACUCAAUUAUUUAUUUAAUUAAUAUUCAAUAAUGAUAAUAGUGUACCUACACACUAGUACAUUUAUAAAUUACAUUAAAAAAUUAUAUUUAGAUUUAAUUUUUAUUCAAACAUUCACUAUAUAAAAUUAAAACUACAAUAUUAUUUAAUAUUAAUAAUUUAUUAAUAUGAAUAUAAUUAGUUGUUUAAUUCUUAAUUGAUUCAUUAUUAAUUAACUGUACAUACAAAUUUAAUAUAAAGAUACCUAUGCCUAAAGAAAUAUUUUACAAAUUGUUUAUUAAUUUUAUCCAAGGAACAGUAUUUUAAUUUUGUUCUUAUUAAGUAUACUAUUUGUAAAAAAAGUAAAGAUUCGGUAGGUACUUGGCACUUUUAUAAUUUAGUUACCUAUACAGAAUAAUUUUCUUUAUCAUGAAUCAACAAUUAUCUCAGAGGAUUUUAAGUGAAUUUGAUUUCUGUUUUUUCUAAUCAUUAUGGAAUCGUUUAAGCUUUAUUUUAAAACCAUUUUAAAUUGUUUACCCCUACUCCAUAUACUCCUCUAACUACACACUUUUCUAAUUUAUACCGGUUCACAACGGCACUUAUUUAAGGUGUAUGGAGUAAGGGUGAAAAAUUUAAAAAGCUUAAACGAUUCCAUAAUGAUUAGAAAAAACAGAAAUCAAAUUCACUUAAAAUCCUCUGAGAUAAUUGCUGGUUCAUGAUAAAAAAAAAAUCACCCUGUAUAUACAGUAUACAAAAUUUAUAAAAUACGAAAACUAAGCAUUUUAAAACCCAAUAAAUAAAUAAAUGAACACUGAUAUCAGUACCUAUUUUAAACAAUGUAUACAAUGCAUAAUUUUUAAUUUAAUAAUUAGGUAUAAGCAUGACAAAUUGGAUCUAAUUUGUCAUAGGUAUGUUAUCAUUUACCUAGUUGGGUAUUAUCAAUUUAUUGCAUUCUGUGAUUUUAACAUAUCAUCAUUAUGUAUGUCAUGUUUUAAAGUGAUUUUAGUGUGAAAAUAAGAUAAUACAAAUUUACCUUAUCACGAUAAUAUGUAAAUCGUAAAUGCCAUUAACAAAAUGCAUAUUAUAGGUGAUCGCGAUUUUAAAAUACAUGCACCUAAGGUACCUCCAGUUAUAUACUCGCAACGCGGCACUAACAAAACAUAAUACGCUUGACAUAAUAUUAUCAAUAAACGUUGAUUGUAAGUAGCAGCGAAUUAUGAUCAGUUCAAUAAAGUAUUUCAGAAGUGAUUUUGAAAUAUUCGGCCGUUGUGAACCGGUGUAAGUUAGAAAAGUGUGCAAUUAGAGGUAGGCGCUAUUUAAAUUGUGCGGGGUACCGCGCCGUGAUACGAUAAUCGUUUACCGUGUUUACUCCGUUCGAUACAGAGACCACAGAAUAAUAUACCGGGCGACAACUGUUAUCAUUUACGCGCCAUUUUAUGACUUACUUUCACGACUGCCGCGGGACGACUCGCGGACCGCGGUCCAUUCGACGAUACGUCAACCCUACCGUGGUAUCUUGAUUCGGCCAUUCCGUAUCGUACUAAUACCGUCAAUUAAUACCUCGACAUUUGUAAUCCAAAAUCGAGAUAAAAUUAUUUGCAUUUCGCAUAGAAAUAAAUUAAAAAACCGCGGUUGACAAUAAUUAUUUAUUGCAGUUACUAUAGUUGUGUUAAGACUCAAGUGCCAAUAGCAGCGGCAAUAUAAUAUUCUGCUGUUGACCUUCGCUGAUGCUGAAGUCUAGUAAACCAACAGUGUUACCAAGCGGAUAUCCUCUGUCGGCUGUUCCAAAUCUCCAAAUCGACAAUAUUCAAUAUUAACAGUAUCCGAUUCGUUUCUCUGGAGUUCGAGCAGUGGUCUGUAGGCGAUUUAAAUUUCAAACGCGGUCCCCCUCCGUGUCAACCGUAAGUUGUUUGUGUUCCUUGUUAACCUUAGAUGGCUUUCGUUGUUUUCCGUUUUUACCCUAAUUCACAUCUAAUAUAAACAAUACCUACCACAUUCAUUUUGAAGUAGAUUUUAAACUCGACGGCCUCAUAAGACUGCAAUAAAACGAGAACAUUUCCAUUGUUCAAAGACCGAGAUAACACGAUCGUUUUUUGGCGACUAUCAAGAUGAAACAGUACACGGUCAACAAGGACUUAAAAAAGGAACGGAAAGACUGUCCGUUCGAUGCUGAGGAACUCACUCGUUUUUGGGACGGAGGUGCUGACAAAACUUUGAACAGAAGAAAAAUGGGUAUGUUUGAAUAUCGAGUGAGACCGAGUAAAUCAUCUUAAUGUCAAAUGCAUUUUUAGAAACUUUUUUCCUGUCUGAUCCGAUUUUGAAAGAUGACAUUCCGUCGGAGUACUUGAGCCACAAGGAACGCUACGAACAUGCUAUACGUAAAAGUUGUAUUUUAUUCAAAAAAUUUAACGCUUGGCAAGAAAAAAAUGAUGAUGGUAGAAGUUUGACAGAAACAUACAUGUACAUACACUUAACUAAAAACAUUAAUAAUAUUACUUGUGAAACAUUCUCCUGUACCUAAUAAAAUAUCAAAAUUUCAGAACUUUCUUAGGAUUAGUGAAUAGUGCAAUAAUUAAAGGCAGUUCACCUUUUACGGUACAUUAUCUUAUGUUCAUACCUACUCUCAUGAGUCAAGGUACCUCGGAACAACAGGCAGAAUGGGUCGGUCAGGCAUUCAGUAAUCAAAUUCUAGGGACUUAUGCUCAGGUAUAUUUUGAUUUUUUGUUUUUAUUUAAAAAAUGUUUACUCGAUUUUAUUUAUAGAUCAAUCAUAAUUUUAUAUAGUGAUCAUAAUCAAAGGUGUGAUUUACCAGUUAAUAAUGAUCCAAUAUAAAUAUAAUAUAAAUCAUUAGAUUUUGCCUAAUUCACCUUGCAUAACAAGGUGAUUAAAUAUCUAACCUAAUCUUUUGAAUUUGUUAUCAUUAUUGUAUAGUCCAUAGCCAUAAAACAUUAAAUUUCACUUUUGCUCUAACAUUUUGACUUUGGCUAAUCCCAUUUUAAUUCUGUAAAAUGCUUAUGAUUUUUUGACGUUUAUUCUGCAGAUUAAACAAGGUUUUUUCUUUUAAGAAUAACUGUAACUUUGGUAUGAUAAAUCAAAAAUGUUUAUAGUAUUGCCAUUUUUUAAUUAGAAUAAUGUAGCAUAAAUGAUUUCAAAAAAUUAUGCGAAUUUUACAGGGUCUAAAUCAGGCCAGUGAAAGUUUCAUAAUGUUAGAGUAAAAUUAUUAUUCUGUGUGUUGGACAAAUAUUUGUAAUCACCUUCUAGAACUACCUUUAAAAUUUUUAUUUAGACUGAACUCGGUCAUGGAACAUUUAUCCGUGGUUUAGAAACCACUUGUACUUAUGAUCCAGCUACGGAAGAGUUUAUUUUAAAUAGUCCCACUCUAACGUCAUAUAAAUGGUGGCCUGCUGGACGUGAGUUAUUUUUUAAAUAUAUUUGGUUUGUCAAAUGUAGUUGCCAAUGUUUUUAAAUAUUUUAGUUGGACAUACUUGUAAUUAUGCAAUCGUGAUGGCACAGCUUUACACUCAAGGAAAGUGUCACGGUAUACACUCGUUUAUAGUUAAAAUUAGAGACGAAGAAACAUGGAAGCCGAUGCCUGGUAAUUUAAUAAUAAAUUCACACACAUUUCACAAUAUGAAUAAUUGGUUUAAAAAUUAAAAUGGUAUAAUGUGCUUUUAGGUAUUAAAGUUGGUGAAAUUGGCAGCAAGUUAGGACUGAACUCUAUUAAUAAUGGCUAUAUAGCAUUUGAUAAUGUAAGAAUAAGUAGAAUGCAAAUGCUGAUGAAAAAUGCCCAAGUUCUUAAAGUAAAUAAUAAAUAAUUAUUUAAUACAUAAUGAAUUAUUAAAAGCUAAACAUUUUAAAAUUAUUUAAAUUAGUAAUUUUAUGACAGAGAUAGUAAAUAUUUUAUUACUGAUUUCAUGCUGCCCUCAUAAGACACAGUGCUGUAUGAUCCCUUGUGAUAGUUUUGGAGAAAAAAAAAUAUUCUUUAAAAUUAUUUUAUCUUGUUACUUAAAUAUAUUAAUCAAUAAGUGGUUCUAACUAAUUCUGUUGUUUUACUAUUUAACAACUUAUUGUCUUGUAAAAAAAAAAAAAAUUACUUUUAGGUGUCUACGGCCCUUUGGAUUAGGAGAACAGCAUAGUCUUUCAUAUUUAUUUAAAUCUUACACCUAUAAAUUAUUUUUACUUUUUGUGAAAAAACCAUUUUCAAAUAAGAAAUUCAUGUUAUAUUUAUUUAUUAGUAAUACACUAUUUUUCAAGUGCGGUACAUAUAAAAAGUCAGUAAAUGAUAAACUAACUUACAGUACUAUGAUUUUUGUACGAGCAAUAAUCGUUAAAGAUAUGAUUUCGGGAUUUUUAUCCAUAGCAUCUACAAUAGCAACUAGAUACAGUUGUGUUAGGAGACAAUCGGAACUUAUAACUGGGUAAACAGUUAAAAUACAAAUUAAACCUCAACAUUUCUUAAAAAUUAAUAAAUUAUUUAUAUUUUACAUUAGUGCAGGUGAAUGUCAAAUUUUGGAUUUCCAAACGCAGCAGUUCAAAAUUUUUCCAGCCAUAGCUAUGAGCUUUGCGUAUAAAUGUGCAGCAUCUAGGCUUUGGAAUAUUUAUACUGGCGUGACUUCAAUGUUAAUCAAAGGAGAUCUUGAAUUGUUACCAGAAGUAUAGUUUGUAUAGCCCAAUUUAGUCUAAAAAAUAAUUUCUGACAUAAUUAAUUUUCAGUUGCACGGACUGGCAUGCUGUUUAAAAGCUGUUAGUACAGCAGACGCUGCUUUGGCUGUAACAUCGUGUCGUUUAGCUUGUGGAGGUCAUGGGUAUAUGAACAGCAGUAAUUUUCCAAAUAUUUAUUCGUUAACAACGGCCGCUGAAACAUAUGAAGGAGAAAACACUGUGCUACUUUUACAAACAGCGAGGUAAUUAGUUAGGUUGAGUUCAGUGGCCCAACCAGAGGAGUGUUUUGAGUGGAUGGAUACCCCAUACAUUCGUAUUUUAGUAAUAUAAAUUUAUACGCCACUUGUUAAGUUGUUAUCAAUAUAUUAAUAUCUUUUUCUUUUACAAUUUAUAUUAAAUUAAAAUAUUUUACAUUGUCUACAAAAACCUUCUAAUUUAAUCUAUUUUUAAGUCUGAACAAGUACUACAAAACUUCUUCUAUUAUCUAUCCUUAUUUAUUACCAAAGUUAUAGUCGGGUAGUGACAACUUUUUAUUUAAAUGUUUUAUUGUUUAAUUAGGUAUUACACAACUAAUAUUAAAGAUUACUAGUAUUUAUCAUAAAUAUUAUUAGUUUCCAAUAUUAAUCCGUUUGAAUCAACGCUGAUAUACUAGUGAUAUGAAGUUUUUUUUUUCUUAACUUCAUGCUUAAAGUGAAUUAGAAUUUUAAUUCUUACUUAUUGUUGCUACGUAGUAUUAAUUGAUUCAUUUUAAUUUUCAAGGUUCUUGGUGAAAGCGUUUGCAAAUAAUAUAUCUGGCAAAAAAUUAACUGAUACUGUAAUGUAUUUAAAUAACUUCAAACUUUUAAAGCGGAAUAAUUGGAUUACUAAUUUGGAAUGUAUGACAGAAGCAUUUUCUCAAGUUGCUGGGAGGUAAAUUGUUUAUUUUAAUAAAUUUGAAUGCAAAAAAAUAAAAAAAUAUGUAUUUUAGUAAAAUUGAAAAUUGUUAUUAUUCAAUAAAACAAAAUAUAAAAUCUGGUAUGUCAAAAGAAAAUGCUUGGAAUACAACUACUAUUAAACUAACCAAAGCAGCAGAAGUAACUUUAAAAUAUAUUAUUUUAUUUUAUAGUAAUUUAAUAAAAUUCUAUUUGUACUAUUUUAUUUUAGGCGCAUUGUAGAUUAUUUGUUAUAAAAAGUUUUGCUACAACAGUUAAGACUGCUAAAUUGUCAGCAGAACUAAUGAUAGUACUAACAGACCUCUGUGAGCUGAUUUGUGCACAUUGGAUUCUAAAUCAAUUAGGCGAUUUCCUUCAAGUAAAUACUGUUUACUUAAUUAUAUUAUUUUUAUUAUAAUGUGAUCUUGUUAAUUCUUUUAUUUCUCAGUAUUCAAAUCUUAAACGCCGUGAUGUUUCUUCUAUAGAGUAUUUAUUAGAAGAUUGUUUUAAACGUAUUAGACCAGUUGCAGUUAGUCUAGUUGACAGUUUUGAUAUUCAUGAUGAAAUAUUAAACUCUUCUUUGGGCAUGUAUGAUGGUAACGUCUAUGAACGUUUGUUGGAAGACGCCAAUAAAAGCCCCCUGAACAAAGAACCUGUUAACGAAUCAUUUCAUAAAUACUUAAAACCCUAUUUAAAAUCCAAACUAUAAAUAAUAAUAUUCAAAUUGCAAAUCCAUGAUUAUUAGUGGAAUCAAGAUUUUAUUACGGUAUAGGUUUUUAAUAAGAAGUCAUUAGUAGAAAAAUAAAUAACAAUGUAGUAAAUUAUGAUUACUUUUUUUCUAAAACCGCUCAUAAUAAAAUAUCUAUAAGUACAGUAAUAUUUGCAGCUUUUUACAAUUUUUCAAUUUAAAUUAUUU